AAAAAAAUCAACGUCUGUCGUUUUCCGACUUGUAAGGUUUUCGUUCGACUUCGAGUUGAGUUUGAGAUUUUUGAACUGUUCUGUUCAUUCAUAUUUUCAAUUAAUUUCUUCAUAAUCCGUGUUACUCGAGUGUUUUAAAUGUAGAAUAAAAGUCAUUUCAUUAUCUCUUACUAAUCAACUAAAUUUCACCGCUGAUUAAUGCAAUCUAAUAGGUAAACUUACAUACAUUGUGAUGUAAUUUAUCUUACACAUACAUCACGUGGAAUUUGAAAACGUAAACGUUACUGUUGUUUUAAGUAUCAUUAAAUGCCAAAGAAACAUAGAUCAUUCGUGAAAAAACAUCUAUUUAAGUAUCUUUGUAAUCAUCAAUAAUGGACGAACAGUGGACAGAACAACUAUAUUUAAUCGAAAAACAAGAAAAGGAGUUCGAACUGCUGCAAGAACAAUUCCACAGUAUUACUCAGCAGAUGGAAAACAACUCGAACGGCAAUGUAUCCGGUGAAGUUUUGGAGACGCUUGAAAAGCAAAAUGUCAAGUUGAAACACAGGAUAGCUGUUUUAAAAGAGGCAAUUUCUCGUGAAAAAGAAAAUGCUUCUAACAAAAGUACAUCAUCUGGUUGCGAUACGAAUGCCCUAUCUCCACUGGUGAUUUUAAGACGUACUUUUGAAAAGGCUGUAGAACUAGCCUAUCCCUCCGUGCCUUCCAGCGUUGUUACCGUAGUUCCAGCAAGUGCUCAAUUCGGCGAUUAUCAAUGUAAUGCUGCGAUGCCUAUUUGCCAAGCUCUUAAGCCGCAAGGUCAGAAAGUAUCGCCCCAAGUUGUAGCGAAGACAAUCUUGGAGAAAUUUCCGCCGUGUCCUGUGAUUGAAAAAACCGAAAUAGCUGGUCCAGGUUUCAUCAAUAUUUGGCUAGACCGAACAUAUGUUUCUCAAAGAGUCAGCGAUAUGUUAUUAAACGGGGUGAAAGCAUCUGCUGAGAAAAAAUUACGAAUCAUUGUCGACUUCUCAUCACCCAAUGUUGCUAAAGAGAUGCAUGUUGGGCAUUUACGAUCAACCAUCAUCGGAGAUAGUAUUUGUAGAUUAUUGGAAUUCUUAGGACACGAUGUUUUACGUUUAAAUCACAUAGGUGAUUGGGGUACACAAUUCGGAAUGCUAAUCGCUCAUCUUCAAGAAAUGUUUCCUAAUUAUUUAACCGAAUCGCCCUCCGUUGGUAAUUUACAACGAUUUUAUAAGGAAUCAAAGAUCCGUUUCGAUACAGACGAAGCCUUCAAAAAACGAGCGUACGACUGCGUUGUAAAAUUACAAAGCUUUUCGCCCGAUUAUAUCAGAGCUUGGGAAUUGAUUUGUGAUGCUUCUAGAAAAGAAUUUCAGAAAGUAUACGAAAGGUUAAAUGUGAAGUUAAUCGAAAGAGGAGAAUCAUUUUAUCAAACAAAAAUGAAAGAUCUCGUCGAUAGUUUAGUGAAAGAAGGCUUAUUAGAAGAUGACGAAGGUAGAAAGAUCAUGUGGGGAAUCGAUAGAAAAAAUAUCCCGCUCACAGUGGUGAAAUCAGAUGGUGGAUUCACAUAUGAUACUUCCGAUAUGGCUGCGUUGAAACAUAGAAUCGAAGAAGAAAAGGCAGAUUGGAUUAUAUACGUUGUCGAUGAAGGACAAUCAACGCAUUUUCAAAUUAUUGAAAGCUGUGCUCGUCGCACAAAUUGGUAUGAUCCGUCCAAAGUUCGAAUGGAUUUUGUUGGUUUUGGAGUAGUUUUAGGAGAAGAUAAAAGGAAGUUCAAAACCCGAUCUGGAGAUACCGUACGAUUAGUUGAACUUCUAGAUGAAGGCUUAAAACGUGCCGCAGAUAAAUUAAAAGAAAAAGGCCGUGAUUCAGUAUUAACCGAAGAUGAACUCACAAAUGCUCAGACAGCGUUAGCGUACGGCUGCAUAAAAUAUGCUGAUCUUUCUCAUAAUCGAAAUCACGUUUAUGUGUUUUCAUUUGAUAAAAUGUUGGAAGAUAAAGGAAACACCGCCGUUUAUUUACUAUACGCAUACACUCGAAUUAAAUCUAUCGCUAGAAAUGCGAAUAUUUCGCCAGAACAAAUCAAAGAAGCUGCGUCUUCGGUAUCAAUUAAACUUGAGCAUGAAAAGGAAUGGAAAUUAGCCAAAGUAUUAUUGCAGUUUCAAGAUAUUAUUAUCAGAAUUACGAAAGAUCUAUCCUUGCAUAGAUUAUGCGAAUACCUAUACGAUGUAUCGACUACAUUUUCAGAAUUUUACGACGUUUGUUACUGUAUUGAGAAAAAUCCGGAAGGAGCCAUUGUCAAGGUGCACAUGGAUCGUAUUUUACUUUGUGAAGCUACAGCUCUAGUCAUGGAAAAAUGUUUUGAUAUUCUUGGUAUCACUACGGUAACCCGUAUGUGAAUUUAUGGGCUUUUUAAACCUCCGCAAUGAUUUUGCGGAUUUUAAUUUAUUUAUUCGAGUUGAAUUUUUUUAUAAAGGUUGGUUUUUCUUUGAUCAGAAGUAUUGUUUUUUAUUAAAACUACGAUGGCUUGUCUUUUACACGAACGAACUAAUGUAGUUGUAAAUUCGUAACUCAAAGUAUUACGUGUAAAUAUAUUUUUCAAAUUAAACUAUAUGGAAUCGGCA